UUGUGGGCCCAUCACAUCUGGCCCGUCCCCACCACUCAAGAAAGCGCCAGGUUUUCCCGUUCCCUCGCCACAGUCCGGACGGCAGCGAUCGGUAGCAGCACGCGCCACCGCGACGCCGCACCGGAGCAGCGAGCGAGAGAGCGAGAGAGAGAGCGAGAGAGAGCGAGGGAUGGGGGACAACGAGGCGCGGGGGGACGAUUUCGAGAAGAAGGCCGAUCAGAAGCUCUCGGGCUGGAGCUUCUUCGGCAACAAGUACGAGGAUGCCGCCGACCUCCUCGACAAGGCCGGCAACUUCUUCAAGCUCGCGAAGAACUGGAGAAGAGCGGCUGCAGUAUACAAAAGGAUUGCAGAUUGUCAUUUGCAGGGAGAUAGCAAGCAUGAGGCUGCCUCUGCAUAUGUUGAGGCUGCAAACUGCUACAAAAAGUUCUCACCACCAGAUGCUGCACAAGCACUUAACAAUGCCGUCAAUCUUUUCUUGGAAAUUGGCAGACUGAACAUGGCGGCAAGAUACAGCAAGGAUAUCGGUGAAAUCUAUCAGCAGGAACAAGAUUUAGAGAAUGCUGCAGUCUACCUGAGUCGGGCUGCUGAUCUUUUUGACAGUGAGGGACAAUCAUCUCAGGCAAACACCAUGACACAGAAAAUUGCAGAAAUAUAUGCUCAGCUGGAAAAGUACCAGAAGGCAACAGAGCUCUUUGAAGAAAUUGCUCGUAAAUCAAUAAACAAUAACCUUCUCAAGUACAGUGUUCGAGGAAUUCUACUUAAUGCAGGCAUUUGCCAACUAUGUAGAGGUGAUCCUGUUGCUAUAAAUAAUUCAUUGGAGCGCUAUCAGGACAUUGACCCAACCUUCUCAGGGACACGCGAAUACAAGCUUUUGGCGGAUCUUGCAGCCUCUAUGGAUGAAGGAGACGUUGCCAAGUUCACUGAUGCCGUAAAGGAGUUUGACAGCAUGACACGCCUGGUACUGUCAAUUGGAAUCUUGCCUGAUCCUUGGAAAACAACUCUCCUUCUCAAGGCAAAGAACGAGCUAAAGAAAAAGGAAGAUGACGAGGAUGAUCUAACCUAGGGUUUUGCUCUACAAAAGGUUCCAUGGCCCCCAUCGUGGAUGCUGCCACGUCCUCACCCGAGAUGUAAUAGAUAUACUAACUUCUCCUAUGGACGCCUGUUUUGGACCACUAUGGUUACCACCCAAUUCGCUGUCACAUAUUAGAACGACAGACUCGGUAGCUGUUAGCCUCUUCUCUUACUGGCGUCCUGCUAUAUGCUCGUUGUUUCUUCUACUGCUGUUCAUGGCUAUCUGUUAUGUGCAUAUUGCUCCAGACUUUCUAGUAUAAAUAUACUAAAAUAAUAGGAACGAGGAGUUUGGAAUUGUUUUAAA